ACAUAAUAUACAGCUCUUAUCGAUUUGAAGGGUACUCAAGAUGAAUGGCAACGCGUUAUCUGAUUCCAAUGAAGGGAGAGACGAUAGGAGGAGAAACGAUCAACAAAUCGUAAAGGGAAUCAUAGACAACUUUGAAAAUGAGUUCUACGAAGGACUGAAUACUUCCAGAGGAGCUGGGAACGAACGCACCAGCGAGAGAGAGAAAGACGAGGACAUGAGAUCUUUACGCCAGGCGUGGAUUAAGGAGAAAAUGGUGCCUGACAUUUUGCCGUAUGAAGAAGGAUUGAUUGAGCGCAUCCUAGAACGGAUUCGUGCCCAGUUAGAGUUUAUCGAAAUGAACAGUGUCGAGCUACAGACCCAUGAGAAGGACAUCAAGCUCAUGCUAGUGAUUGUGGAAAGCGAGCUCGAACGGGUACAGUUUCUCAUCCGUUCUUACGUGAGGCUCAGAUUACAGAAAAUCGACCAAUACGCAUUACACAUUCAGGAAAACGACAGCCAGCGGGAAAAGCUCAACCGAGACGAAGUGACUUACAUGGAGGGCCAUCUCACCAUGCUAUACGAGCUUUUUGAGGACCAGUUUCUCAAGAAAACACGUUCUCGAAACAGCAACAUUGGCGAAGACCAGGAUAUGAUCGAUGAGCCCGAUCUCAACCGGCACGUCUUCCUCCAGUGUACGCAGCCCUCCCGUGCACCAAUCGACUCAGAGGAGCUUGUGCUGAGCCCCGGGGAGGUUUACGUAAUGCGGUACCGAAGCGUUGCAAAGUUGCUGUCGCGAGGAGAGGCGGUGGUGAUUUAGCGGAGCCACUGAAGAAAAUGAGCACAUUUCAACACGGUCUGUUUCCCUUUUCGGACACUCGAGCAAAUUGAGCAGAUUAUUUUGGAUAUUCUCCAGCCAAAGCCGUUUCAGAGGUAGAGGAGAUUCAACCUCAGGACGAUAAAAGCUUCCGUGUCUCGAAAACAGACACCUCGCUUCCGACUUGCUUUUGUAUUUAAACCAUGGUUCCCUCUAUCGACUGAACUCCUCAUUGAGAAAGAACUGUUUCCCGUGGCCCAUCGUUUUUUAUAGCCUAGCUAGCAUUGGAGGUUACAAUUAAUACCCGUAAGCACAAACCGGAAAUACUCAAAACAAACAAAGCAAAAUGAAUAUGUCAGGUAUGGAUAUGUCAGGGAUGGAUAUGGGCUCCACCACCUCGUCAUCGGCAAUGCAAAUGACAAUGACCCACUCCAGUGCAUCUGCAACGUCAACGGGUAUGGAUAUGUCAGGUAUG